AUGGAAGACAACAACGCUUCAGGGAGCAAUACAAUUAAGAAGGGAGCUGCUGAAGAAUUACCCGAGAAUGUCGCUCAGAAUAUGCCCAAGCUUCUCGCCAAGGGCGAAUCUGAGGAGGGCCAUUCUGAAUCUGAGGAGGAGCAAAGCCAGGAAGAUGGCUCUGAAGAGGAUGAACCGAAGAAUGAUGGAACAAAGAAGAGGGUUAGAUUCAAGGAGGACUUGCACGAGAAACAUUCACGCAAGAAAGAGUCCCACAAGAGGGAUCCUAGCAAAAAGCACUCUCACAAAAAAGACUCCCGUAUUGACUUGUUUGAUUCAUAUACACUGCGAAGGUUGGAAGGCAUGUGGAACAAAGGUUUCGCUGAUCUCAAAGAUGUCCAAGAGAAAUUGGAAAAGCUUGACAAGAAGAAGAAGGAGUUACACCAAGAAGAAAAAGAGCUCAAGGAAUGGCUUAAUAGGCUUCAUGAAAGUAUCAAGAACAAGCGAUCUUGA